UGCAGGGCUAUAAUUGAAAUACAAGAUGGCAAGAACCAGCCACAGCAACUAUGUCCUUCAGCAGCUAAACAACCAAAGAGAGUGGGGCUUUCUGUGCGACUGCUGUAUCGCUAUCGAUGAUAUUUAUUUUCAAGCACAUAAAGCAGUCCUUGCUGCUUGCAGCUCCUAUUUUAGGAUGUUUUUUAUGAACCAUCAACACACUACAGCCCAGCUGAAUCUGAGCAACAUGAAGAUUAGCGCCGAGUGCUUUGAUCUGAUUUUACAGUUCAUGUAUUUAGGAAAAAUUAUGACAGCCCCUGCCAAUUUCGAGCAAUUUAAAGUGGCCAUGAACUAUUUACAGCUGUACAACGUACCUGAAUGCCUAGAAGAUAUACAGGAUACGGACUCAUCUAGUUUAAAAUGUUCAUCUUCUGCUUCUAGCACCCAGAAUAGUAAAAUGAUAUUUGGCGUGAGAAUGUAUGAAGACACACUUGCUAGAAAUGGCAGCGAAGCAAACAGGUGGGGCAUGGAGCCGCCAAGUUCGACAGUAAAUACAUCCCAUAACAAAGAGCCUGAUGAGGAAGCUUUGCAGCUAAGCAGCUUCCCCGAACAACUGUUUGAUGUCUGCAAAAAAAGCACCACGUCCAAAUUCUCUCACACAAAAGAGCGUGUGUCCCACUCGCGCCGUUUUGGAAGAAGCUUCACCUGCGAUAGCUGCGGGUUUAGUUUUAGCUGUGAAAAGCUACUGGAUGAGCACGUGUUAACGUGCACUAACAGGCAUUCCUACCAAAGUGCCAGGUACUACGGUGCUGAAAAAAUAGACUUUAAUGAAAAGGACUCUACUUCUAAAAUAAUCUCCGCACAAACAGAAAAAUACAAGGGGGACUCGAACCAAGCUGUGGAUGAUUCUUCGUCUCCUGUGUCAAACGUCACGAGCAGAAAAAGCAGCACGGUUGCCUCCGAGACGUCCGGUGAAGAAGGAAGUAGAGCCUCUGAGAGGAAGAGGAUUAUCAUCAAGAUGGAACCAGAGGACAAUCCUGCAGACGAGCUGAAGGAUUUUAAUAUUAUUAAGGUGACAGAUAAAGACUGCAAUGAGUCUUCCGACAAUGAUGACCUAGAUGAUGAACAGGAAGAGCCGCUGUACAGAUACUAUGUCGAGGAAGAGAUCAGAGAGAAGAGAAGUGCUCGGAAGACUUUAAAACCCCGUUUAUCUAUGGAUGAGGAUGAAAGAAAGUGUUUGAAAAGUCCACGGCACCUUAACAGGAAGGCUCCUUCAGUGCAGGAAGACGUGGAGAAUGCUCCCUGUGAACUUUGUGGGCUAACAAUCACCGAGGAAGACUUGUCCUCUCAUUAUUUAUCCAAACACAUAGAAAAUAUAUGUGCUUGUGGCAAGUGUGGUCAAAUACUGGUCAAAGGCAAACAGUUACAGGAUCACGCGCAGACCUGUGGAGAACCCCAGGAUCUGACCAUGAAUGGUAUCAGAAAUUCUGAGGAGAAAAUGGACUUAGAAGAAAACCCGGAGGAGCAGUCGGAAAUAAGGGACAUGAUGUUUGCAGAGAUGCUAGAGGACUUCAGGGACAGUCACUUCCAAAUGAACAGCCUUCAAAAAAAACAGUUAUACAAGCAUUCUGCCUGUCCUUUCCGAUGCCCUAAUUGCGGUCAGCGUUUUGAAACAGAAAACCUAGUGGUUGAACAUAUGUCAAACUGCCUGGAGCAAGAUCUGUUCAAGAACUCCAUGAUGGAAGAGAACGAGAGGGAUCACAGACGUAAGCAUUUCUGCAAUCUUUGUGGGAAAGGAUUUUAUCAGCGUUGCCACUUGCGGGAACACUAUACCGUUCAUACCAAGGAAAAACAGUUUGUUUGUCAGACAUGUGGGAAGCAGUUCUUAAGAGAGCGCCAGUUGCGGCUCCACAAUGAUAUGCACAAAGGCAUGGCCAGUAGUGAAAUAGGGACUUCUAAGCUUCUGAACAACUGAGAGAACCAGGUUUGGAGAAGACAUGAGGAAGAACUGGUCGGCAAAAGAUUUCAUAAAAACUCAGAACCACGUGUGCCAGAUCUGAAUUGGCACCACCUUUGCUUUUUUGACAUACUGCAGCAAUCGCAAAAGGCACCAAAGCAGUCAAAUUAGAACAUGCAGUAAAAGUUGUUUUGGACUCUUCUCUGUAUUAUAAAACUCACUUCCUUGUGACUAUUAUUUACACCUGUUACGGAGCAGACAGCCAAAAGAGGCAGAUGCCAGGUGUUAAGGGCUGCACUGAAAUGAGUUUGCAGAAUUUGCUAUUCACGUGCUGGAGUGCUCCUUGGCUGAAAUGAGGCUUCUUAGAGUUUCUGUCAAAAACUGUUUAGAUUUUUUAGUUCAAACAUUAGAAGUGUUUACUCGUGAACUAAAAUGUAUGUAUUUUCAGACAGUUACGAUGCUAAACUAUCAAGUGUUAAAAAAGAGAAAAAAAAUUAAUCUGAAGUACAAGGUGAAAAAAAAAAUCCUAAGAACUGAGGACAGAGGGUCCCUGAGGAAGGACAGGAUGGUGAGAAAGAUCCAGCUGACCUGAUUCCCCCUGCUGCCAUGAACAUCAUUUGCAAGCUGAAGAGGACCUUCCAUGGAGCACAGUGCU